AUAUUUUAAUUUAUGAUGAACCUCCAACCUUCUUCAUUCCACUUUGUCCUCAAACUUUCUUGUGUCCCUUAUAAACCUCUUCUGCUUUGUAUUCGUUUGAGGAGGAAUAGCGAUUGCCAAAUAAAGGAUCUGUUGGGCAAGAAGAGCAUGGAAUCAAAAGGAAGUAGUCUUGGAACCUCUCUGUUGGUUCCUUGUGUCCAAGAAUUGGCCAAGGAGCCCUUGGUUACUGUCCCACCAAGGUACAUAUGCCCUGAUCAAGAUCAUCCCAUCGUUGUUGUUGAGGAUGAUGCCCCAUUGCCUGAGGUUACAGUUAUCGAUAUGCAGAGGUUACAUAACCAAGAGUCGAUGGAUUCUGAAUUGGCCAAGCUCCAUCUUGCUUGCAAGGAAUGGGGUUUCUUCCAGUUGGUCAACCAUGGAGUAAGCUCUUCAUUAUUGGAGAGAGUGAAAAUACAAGUUCAGGACUUCUUCAAUCUCCCAAUGGAGGAGAAGAAAAAAUUCUGGCAGAAUCCAGGAGAAGUAGAAGGAUUUGGGCAGACCUUUGUUGUGUCUGAGGAGCAAAAGCUUGAUUGGUCUGAUAUUUUCUUUAUGGUCACUCAACCAGUUCAUUUGAGGAAGCCACACUUAUUUCCAAUGCUCCCUCUUCCUUUAAGAGACACCUUGGACAGCUAUUCAUCAGAAGUGAAGAAUUUAGCAGUGGCUAUCCUAGAGCAGAUGGCAAAAGUUCUGAAAAUUAGAGAUGAGGAAAUGAGAGAGAUCUUCACUGAAGGCAUAUGGCAAAGUUUGAGGAUGAACUAUUAUCCACCAUGUCCUCAACCAGAGAAGGUUAUUGGCCUUACCCCUCAUUCAGAUGGCACAGGCCUCACCAUUCUCCUACAAAUUAAUGAUGUUGAAGGUCUCCAGAUUAUGAAAGAUGGCGAGUGGAUUCCUGUCAAGCCCCUUCCAAAUGCCUUUGUUGUUAACAUUGGAGACAUUAUGGAGAUCAUAACCAAUGGCACAUAUAGUAGCAUCCUGCACCGUGCAACGGUGAACUCUCAGAAGGAAAGACUCUCAAUUGUUGCGUUCCAUUCCCCAAGUUACGACGGUGAUAUAAGUCCAGCACCGAGCUUGAUUACCAAGGAAAUGCCAGCACUGUUUAAAAGAAUCACAGUUAAGGACUUUUACAAGGCCUUCUUUUCUCGGGAACUUCGAUCAAAAUCUUACCUUGACACCUUGAGAAUACAACAUGGUGAAGAGUGAAGACUAAAAUUGGCAAAUUUUGUCUAUCAAUGUGGAAAGUUUGAUGCAUAAAAUAGGAUUAAUUAUUUGAAUAAUGGAAUCGUAAAAUAUUUUAUCAAAAUAAUGUGAAAUUUAAAUUGUUUUCCAAAAUAA